GGCCGAGAGCCCCGGCGAGGACUACGAGAGCCUGCCCAGCGGCGCCUCCCUCUCCACCCACAUGACGGCCGGGGCGGUGGCCGGCAUCCUGGAGCACACGGUCAUGUACCCCGUGGACUCGGUCAAGAUUAUAAGGAAACUCCUGCACAGAGAAGCUUACUGUAUGUACAGCACCUAGCACAGUGGGUUCCUGAAUUUGAUUGGGGACUUCAGCUGUUACUGUAAAUCAAAUAAACUGAGAGUGAAUUAACGUGCCAGUCCUCUUUGCUCCAAAACAGUGAAGGACACUUUGUGGGGUGAAGAAACUCAACUCCUUUCAAAUUAAAGACUUCUCAGACCCGAAUGCAGAGUUUGCAGCCAGAUCCCAAAGCCCAGUACAAGAGUGUGUAUGGGGCCCUGAAGAAGAUUAUUCACACUGAAGGCUUCUGGAGGCCUUUACGAGGAAUUAACGUCACCAUGCUGGGGGCUGGCCCUGCCCAUGCAAUGUAUUUUGCCUGCUAUGAAAAAAUGAAAAGGACUUUAAGUGACAUUAUUCACCAUGGAGGAAAUAGCCACCUGGCCAAUGGGAUAGCUGGGAGCAUGGCCACAUUGCUCCAUGAUGCAGUAAUGAAUCCGGCUGAAGUGGUGAAGCAGCGGAUGCAGAUGUACAACUCCCCCUACAAAACAGUCUUGGAGUGCAUACGGACAGUGCACAGGACUGAAGGACUGGGUGCCUUCUACCGGAGUUAUACCACACAGCUCACCAUGAACGUCCCCUUCCAAGCCAUUCACUUCAUCACAUAUGAGUUCAUGCAGGAGCAAAUCAACCCACGCCGGGAAUACAACCCCCGCUCACACAUCCUCUCUGGUGCCAUCGCGGGAGCCGUGGCUGCCGCUGCCACCACACCCCUUGAUGUCUGCAAGACGUUGCUCAACACUCAGGAAAACAUGGCCUUGAGUUCGGUGAACAUCAGUGGGCACCUCUCAGGAAUGGCCAAUGCUUUCAGGACAGUUUAUCAGCUGGGUGGUAUCCCUGGGUAUUUCCGAGGGGUGCAGGCUCGUGUCAUUUACCAGAUGCCUUCAACUGCCAUCGCGUGGUCAGUGUAUGAAUUCUUUAAGUACUUCCUCACGAAGCACAAGCUGGAAAAAAGAGCUCCUUAUUGAAAGACUUGACUAGAGCGAGCCUAAGGUUCAGAUGACAUUUGUACAAACUCUGAGGGAUUCGCUCGUGUUGUGAAACAUGCAAGAUUUCUUGUGGAUUCACAAUUGAAUUUCACUUUUCUGUCAUUGGGGACGAGGGGAAUUAAGUGGUCACUGGAGAAAUUUGGCACCCUCUUUGCUAGAAUCUGAAGACUUUUUAAAAUAUAUUUAUAGCUUUAGAGAAGUGAAAUUACUGAUUUCCCCCUCCCCCCCCCCCAUAAGCUCUAAGAUGUGGUGUUACCACUUCACCAGAAAACUUAGACUGCACCGGGGGGGGGAAAUGGUAUUGUGAGAUAUUUUAUAGCAAAGAAAUUAAAUAUCCUGUCACUGAACAAACUUUUAUAUAUGACAUAAUAUAAAAUAGAUGGAUAAUGUUUAUCCUUUAUUUUUCUAUGUAGGAAUUUUGUUUUAAUACUAUUACAGCUGGAAGUUGAGCUGUUUUUAAAAAAAAAAAAAAAACUGAAUUCUUCCCUCAUGACAAGUAAGAACCAAAGCAUUUAUUUUUGUUUAGCCAGAAUGGCUUUAAUCAUAGCAUUUAACACAAAACAGUGGCCAGGAUUUUUUAUUUGUACAUAGGUAAGCUGCCUCCAGUUUUAUGGCAUCCACUUGACACCUUAAAGGGGCCCGACUUUUAGAAAGUGCUGAGCACAUGCUUUCUGAAAAUGGUCUGUUUAAGGGGUCUCAAGUUGGGCAGCGAAAAUCGCUGGUUGCUCUUGAAAAACCCUAGUUUAAUUGUUACUCCCAUAGCUGACUUACGAUUGUACUUGAAAGAUGAGCAUUUUUGGCAAACUUAUUUUAAAGGUACAUUUUUGUGGUGUUUUAAUAGAGAAUAGGUUUCAUUGCUCUUAUUUAUUCAUAAUCUUAUUUUCCACUAACGCCUCGCUCCUGCUUACACAUGAGUAACUGUGCAGGACUCGUGCUCGCUUACAUGCAAAAUGUUACUCUUGUGCAUAAAAGUGUGCAGGAGCAGAGUAUCGGUUUACAGUUCUGUAAGACAACUCAUCUUGAAUUGUAAGAGUUGCAUACUGACCACAAGGAAACUAUCAAUCACAGUGCAAAAUAAGCCCUUGGAAAGUGAAACCUUAAACAGGAGAACAGCGGAAUCAAAACGUUUUUGUAAAGCAAAGCCAACAAACGGCAGCUGUUUGUUGUCCGUUUGGUAUGUAUAAAUGAAGUGUCCUAAAACCUAAAGCUGAGUGGAUUUUAGUCCUUUGGGGACUUUGUUUGCUGCUGUGAAAUCCCAUGCUUUAUUUUGUGCUUCUGUAGAAAAGAACUCUGUGCAUUCAAAAAAGCACAUCUGACCUUCAGGGUUUUUUUUUGUUUCUGUUUUGCAAGCUAGGUUUAUGGAUGGCUCCACUUAGCCUCUAUACCUCAUCUUCUUACAAUGUGAUGUUGAAUCCAAUGUUUACCAAGUAUAACUCCUGCGCUUGAGGCUAGGAAAACCUUUGACUGCUCUCCCCAAUUUAAACCGACCACUGUCGCAAAUAUAGGGUCUGAAUUUUAAAUGUCUAAUAUUUGGUCCAAGUUAUCUAAUUUAGGUGCAGUAAUAUUGUAGAAGAUAAAAAGCUUUUGUUGGUCUAAAGAGCAAAAACUGAACUUGUUGCUGAACUAUAGAUGCUGAAUUUAUUAACUAAUAGCCAGUUGGCUACCCUAGUUGGGACUAGGUGGCUAACAUUACAAUCAAUGAAAAACCUAGCAGGAUUUUUCUGGUUUUAGAAAUGUAACUGAAUAGUAACCCCACCCCCACCCCCACCCCCUUUGAAGGGCAAUCAGUGUGAAAAGGUUGAUUCUACCUGAACUGUCCACCUACUAGUGAAACAACAAACAUUUAAACAUUCCUAAAACUGAUACUGCAGCAGACACUAUUUCUCUAUUUGCUUGGUUUUUGCAUUUGACAACUUUGUAUAAGAUCAUUUUUGCUGUUUCUCCUUUUUUUUUUUUUUUUUUUUGGUAUGGGUUUUUCACAUAGCAAUGUGGAAGAACCCUUUUUAAAGGAAAAGUAUGAUCCAAAAGUUGGCUGAGGGCCUGGGAGAACAUACAGGACCUGAAGCUACUUUUUCAAGUUGACUAGAUUUGAAGUUGGCAUUCUUCUUAACCCCAAAUUAAGUCUUGAUUGUGCACCUUGUACCAACGACUUACAUUUUUCUGCUCACCUGAAUGAGGUGAAAAAGCUUUACCUUGUCUAACAUUUGCAUUUAAUUUUUUAAUAUGGAGUUUUUCAUUUCAAGUACAGCUUAGUCUGUAUCUAUCUAAUAAUGAAAAGUCACCAUCAAAUUGGGGAAUUUCAUCAAGGCUUGAGUAUCAGAGGGGUAGCCGUGUUAGUCUGGAUCUGUAAAAGCAACAAAGAAUCCUGUGGCACCUUAUAGACUAACAGACGUUUUGCAGCAUGAGCUUUCGUGGGUGAAUACCCACUUCUUCGGAUGCAGUUUGUCUCACUCAAGGCUUGAGUGAGACAAACUGGCAGUCAGGUCCUUCUCUGUAUGGUGGCUUUCAUGUGAUCUUACUCUUGCAUUACACUAAGUUUGGUUGACCAAUAUUUAUUUGGAGAAGGUAAAUCACUACAGGAAAUACUUCUCUAGUGAAUGUACAUGCAACUUGUGUAAAUUUUUCUUUACAAAUGAUAAGGAAUUGUUAAACAUUCUUUUCAUGUCUAUUUGCUAUCCAUUGCAUUCAAUUAACUUUCCCCCUUUUUUUUAACAAGCUUAGUUUUUAUUUAGCUUUCAAAGUGCAGAAUUUGUAACCUCAGCCUACUGUAAGCAUGGUAUUGACACUAGAAAGCAUUCAUGCUCAUCUUUGUACCAUGAGCUUGGUGUGAAAGC